GCAACAGGGUCGCGUGGGAGAAGCCGUGGCCCUGCUGGAGGAGAGUCUUCGCUACGACGCCACCAACAGGGACGCCGUCUCAGCCUUGGCAGGGUUGUAUGGAGACGCCGGACGCCCUGCCGAGGCCGAGAACCUGCACCUGGCUCUCCUGGGGGCGAGGCCGACGGACCCUGUCGUGCAUAACAACUACGCGGCGUUCUUGCAGAGGAUAGCAGCCCUGAGACACUACGAGGCGGCGCUGGGACUGGACCCUGAACACACGGUCGCCCUCGUCAACACGGCCCGUCUUAUGAGGACACUGGAUCACAACAAGGCAAGCGGAGAUCCUGUAUAA